AUGAGACAGCCGCAAGAGCAACAACAACAACAACAGACGAGACAGCAACUGAAGCAGCAGAAGCAACAACUGCAGCAGAAGCAGCAGCAACUGCAGCAGAAGCAGCAGCAGCAGCAGCAGAAGCAGCAGCAACUGCAGCAGAAGCAGCGGCAGCAGCAGCAGCUGAUGAUGGCUCAGAGAGCCGAAACAGCAGCAGCAGCAGCGACAACAGAAACAGCAGCAGCAGCGGCAGCGGCAGCGGCCGAGCCAGGAGCAGCAGCAGCAACAAGAGCAACAGCAGCAGCAGCAGCAGCAGCAGCAGCAGAGGAAGACACUGAAGGCUGGAUUGCUGUGAAACCCCGACGGCCCCGCCGCUGGGCAGAUGUGCCUAUAUCUGAUGACGAAGACAUCACCGUGCGCCGGGGCCCCCGGAGGCCCCCCAGCGGCGUUCCCGCUGGGCUGCAGCGGCAGCCGCAGCGGUUUGGGGGCCCACCUGCUGCUCGGAGGCCCUGCGGGUACCUAGAGAGGGGCCCUGCAGCAGCAGCAGCAGCAGCAACAACAACAGCAGCACCAGCAGGCAGCAGGCCGCACCGACAUGCUUGUGUCUUUAGUGCUGCUGUUGCUGCUGGUCUGAUUAACCCAGGAAGAGACAUUCAAGUUGUACCCAGCGAGCAGCUGCAGCAGAAACCGCAGCAGCAGCAGCAGCAGCAACAGCAGCAGCAGCAGCAGCAGCAGCAAAACAUACCGGAAGACGAGAGGGACCUCCAACGGCACGAUCCCAUAGGGAACGAGACAAACUGCAGCAGCAAAGGCAGCAGCAGCAGCAGCAGCAAGGGAAGGCUGCAGGAGGACUAUGAGCGGGGCCUUGUACAGAUCGGGCGGGUGGGCUCAGCAAGAGGCAUAAUAGAGCUGUGGAGCAUGCUGACGACGAGGGCCCUGGGGCCCCCGGUAAACAUAGCUGCAUGCAUCGGCGGCUGUCUCCCCCUUUGGGAGGACCCCAUCAACAGGGGGGGGGGUCACUUCGUUAUCAGAAACCUAGCGGGAAAGUCUCAGGCAGUUGGUGUGUUUCUGCUGCUGCUGCGGUCCCUGGAGCAGAAGCAGCAAAGAAACAGAAGAAGCCUGAAGGCUGUCUUGUCGACUCUUACGGGGGUUGUUCUCUGUCUCCGCAACAAUGACAAAACCCACAAGGUGGAGUAG